AUGGGCUUAACUUGCAUAACAACACGUAACUUGGAUGCGCCAAAAUCUGUUUGUCUUCCACACACACUCUGUGAUUCAACAACAUCAGUUAACGGUGACAACAAGGGUUCUGUGACCAGACAUUCUGAACUAUCAUCAAAAGAGGAAAUGGCAUCUGAUGCUUCUAGAGGAUCUGAGGCUGAGAUAUCGUGCGAGGAAAAUGCCAGCACUAAACAGUUAAAUGGAGAGGAUAACGUUAGCCAAUCUGAAAUCAGGAAGAAUAAGGGAAGGCUGAAAAACGGACGCGGAAGAACUCAAAGCCAAGGUGGAAGGGCUGGAAAAUCUCAAGGUUUCACGCCUAAUAGUUUUGAUAGGGUCCUUUUAGACGCUCCUUGUUCUGCUCUUGGCUUGAGACCUCGUCUUUUCGCUGGACUGGAAACUGUAAUAUUGUUGAGAAACCAUGGAAGGUCCCAGCGGAAAAUGUUUGACCAGGCUGUUCAACUGGUAUGCGUUGGUGGAGUUCUCGGAUACUCAACAUGCACAAUUAACCCUAGCGAGAACGAGGCAGUGGUUCGCUAUGCUCUAGAUAAAUACAAAUUUCUCUCGUUAGCACCACAGCAUCCUAGGAUCGGCGGCCCUGGUCUAGUUGGUCGAUGUGAAUUCCCCGACUGA